CUUCACCGGAAACCUUCCGUCUCAUAACUACCAACCUCCAUCCUUUUCUCAACUCUAACCCAUCUCCACAAUCGAUCCUUCAUCAUGGCGCCUCCCAUAGCAAUCCCCCCUUCAGACACCACCAACCUUGGCGCCGCCCUACAAGCCACCCUCUCCAAAGUCGUCUUCCUCCUCAGCUGGAUCCUCCACAUCCUCCUCUACAUCCCCUGGGCGAUUCUCUUCUUUGCCGGCCUACUGGUAUCAAUGAUGGUUGCAGCUAUCACCAUGGCCGUCACCGGCAGAAUUCUCAAAAUCGACUUCAUGGCCAAAUACACGUUUGGACCCGCAUUUAUAGCGAUUUGGAUGGGCCAUUUCCUGAUGUUUAUAUUCACGAUCCUCACGACUGGGGAACCGAAAAUCACCCUGUCGGUAUGGCUGCAGAGUCUAGCCGUUGUUGCGAUCACGCUGAGCGUUUUGUGUGUUGUGAUGGGUGCACUAGUGGUGGUAGGAGUGUGGACGGCGAGGGGGAUUCAAUACGCGUCGGAGAGGAGGAGGGCAGGCAGGGUAGGGGCUGCGACUGAUGAGAAGUCGACUGAAGACUGAGUCAAACGGUCUUUGGUGGGAUAUCGACGAUGGGCGAGCCCGUUCAAAGACUGAGACACGAGUCACGUGAUGACGGAUCGGUAAGUGGUUUAUAGGUCCAUCGUCAUGUAAAGGUUUGCGUUGGAGUUUCGGGCGCUGGUAGCGAGCGUGUUGGGUUGGUGCCGAGAGUUGCAUCAAUGGAGUUGAUUGAUCAAACCAUCUAUGGGUCUGUUGGUGAUCACUACAUAUCGGUUUCCGUACCGUAAGGUGCAUCUUCACCGUCUCCACUCUGCCAAUUUCUAGUUUCUCGCUCUCGAGUUAUUGAUAUGCUUCCCCCAAACAUUAUACUCUUCGCCCCUGUCUGUUCAGCCAUCUUCCGUCCACGCUCCUGAG